CUCCCAUUUACAAUUUUGCCCCUAUUUAUUUUUAAAACUUGUACAAGUAUAAGUUCUCUUCUCACGGUUUAUUGUCGGAACUUCGUUGCAGACGUUUUCUUCCGAUCACACUGAUCACAACCGUCUUCUGUCACCGUCAACUUCUCCUUCCUUCACCGGCGUUUUAAUUUUCAAACAAUCUAUGCUCUAAACUCGGUGAAUCUUGCAAAGGCAUUGUGAUGAUCAAGACUCUUGUUUCUCCUUGUAGUGUUGUUGGAUUUGGAUCUCAGAAACUGAAAUCUUGUAAGAAAUUGAAGACUAGAGCAGUAAGAAUGGAACUCACAAUCACUCAGCCUGAUGAUUGGCAUCUUCAUCUCCGUGAUGGCGAUCUUCUUCAGGCUGUUGUUCCCCACAGUGCGAGUCAUUUUAGGAGAGCGAUCGUGAUGCCGAAUCUGAAGCCCCCUGUGACCUCCACUGCAGCUGCCAUUACUUACCGUGAAUCUAUCAUGAAAGCUUUGCCGGUUGGGACCAGCUUUGAUCCACUAAUGACUCUUUAUUUGACUGACAAAACCCAACCUCAGGAGAUCAAGCUUGCCAGGGAAAGUGGUGUGGUUUAUGCGGUGAAGCUGUACCCUGCGGGAGCCACAACUAACUCUCAAGAUGGUGUUACAGACCUCUUUGGAAAAUGCUUGCCAGUACUAGAAGAGAUGGUCAAACAGAACAUGCCUCUUCUGGUUCAUGGAGAGGUCACGGAUCCGAGUAUUGAUGUCUUUGACCGCGAGAAAAUCUUCAUUGAGACAGUUCUGCAGCCUUUAAUCCAACGCCUUCCACAGCUGAAAGUAGUGAUGGAACACAUCACUACCAUGGAUGCUGUGAACUUCGUUGAAUCUUGCAAAGAAGGGUUUGUUGGUGCAACAGUCACACCACAACAUCUCCUUCUCAACAGGAACGCUCUUUUCCAAGGUGGAUUACAACCGCACAACUACUGCCUUCCCGUUCUCAAAAGAGAGAUACACC